AUGAAAACCAUAGCCAACCAAGCAAUAGAAUUUGGUGGAUCCGAACAGUGGAAAAAUAGAUUAUGGAAAGGAGAUGAACAUAUUAAAUUUUUAGAACGAUCUGACGGCAAUCCAUUGGAUGGUGGUAAGGUAGUUUUUCGGUGGCCUAAGCUUUCAAACCAAAAUUUAGAUUUAGGAUCCUCUAGACGGUUUUUGGUAAAUCCCAAUGGUGAAAAUCAAGCUGAUUUCUGGUUAUCAGAUGAAAUGCUGGUGGCUUUGAUGCCGGUUGUUGUAUAUUGGGUUUAUGCAGGGAUGUACACGGCUUUAGGGUCGUGGGGUGACAAUUAUAGAUUGCACUCCAAGAAAGACGAGGAUGAGAUGAAUUUGGUGUCCAAAGUGACCGUCGUCAAAGGUGUCCUUUUGCAACAAUUCCUCCAAGUCCUCGCGGUCCUCCUUUUGUUUCUCGUGACGGAAGGAAACGGUGAUGGGUUUUCUGCAGAGCAACCAUCUUCCUGGAUUGAUAUAGCUAGACAAGUUAUAAUAGCAAUGCUGGUUAUGGACACUUACCACUAUUUUUUUCACAGAUUCGUAUUACACAACAAAUUCUUAUACAGGUACAUCCAUUCUCAUCAUCACCGGCUCGUUGUUCCCUAUCCAUUUGGUGCUAUCUAUAGUCAUCCGCUAGAAGCGUUUCUUGCUGACACAAUAUCUGGCUCCUUAUCCUUGGUCUUCUCCGGCAUGUCUGCUCGAACUUCAAUCUUUUUCUUCUCUUUUGCCGCCAUAAAAAACGUGGAUGACCAUUGCGGAUUAUUGCUUCCUGGAAACCCCUUUCAUAUAUUUUUUAGAAACAAUACUGUCUACCAUGAUCUUCACCAUCAGCUACAUGGAACCAAAUACAACUUCUCGCAACCAUUUUUCGUCAUGUGGGAUAAAAUUUUGGGAACCCAUAUGCCUUAUUCACUUGAGAAGAGAGCAGAAGGGGGUUUCGAAGUACGUCUUACUAAAGACUACAAGGAGGAUUAGUUAAUUUCUACUGCUAUUAUUUAGCUGAUCCAUGCCAUGCAUUGUGUGCACUCUGUGUUUUUACAUGCUUCGUAUAUAUAAUGAGAAUAA